CUCGUUACUGAAUACUGAUUUCGCACUUAACAGUAGCACAUUUUAGAAGACAAAAAAUUGUACAUUGCCAUAAAAAAGUAUUAUUAACCAAAGAUUUAUACUUCAUCCUUACCAUUUUGUUAUUUAGAUUUUGUGACUUUAAGCUCAUCCAACGCGUAAAAAAAAAAAGUAUCGACAAGUGUCAAGUUAGUCAAAGAAGCAAAUUGUAAGUUAAGAGUAGUGUCUAAGUCUAGUUUUCUAGCCUAAAUUCUAAUGUCACGACACCAUUCCCUAUGCCUACAAUCACACUUCAAACAACAAUCUACUAACAAAGUUAUAACUACUAUACAAGGUUAACAACAACAAGGUCAUGACUGGAGGCAGUGGAGCAGCAAUGAAGUCAUAUUCAUAUUAACUAGGCGUAGGCUAAUUUAAUCAGCCACACAACCCUUAACCCUUAGAAAAAGAAAAGCAAACUAUUUUAAAUAGCCCAUUUAUAUUAUAGUACAUACUGUCUAUACCAGUGGUUCUCAACUUUCCUAAUACUGUGGCCCUUUAAUACAGCUUUUCAUGUUGUGGUGAUCCCCAACCUCUAAAUAAUUUAUGUUGCUGCUAAACAUAACUGUAGAGUGAAUGUGUUUUCCGAUGGUCUUAGGCGACCCUUGUGAAAGGGCCGUUCACCAAAGGGGUCGCCACCCACAGGUUGAGAACUGCUGCUCUGUACUGAUAUACUAUAGAUAAUAUCUAUGUUCUAUAUGUACUGCAUGGCAUAUCAUAUAAUUAUAAUUAAUUUUGCUAUUAUAUUUAUAUACAGUUUUGCCAUGUGUCAUGAUUUGUUAUGACAAUUCCUCACAAGAUCAUAGUAUCAAUAAUAAUUGUAUCAUUAUUAAUUCAUGAGUACCACCCUAUUUAUUGUGCCCUACAUGAGUGAAGAAGAAAGAUUCUAGUCUUACUAUACUACUAUACUAUAACUAUAGUCUAUAGUAUACUUAUAGACCUAGUAUAGUGUUUAGGUCUUUUUAUAUUAUAUUACUUCUGACACAUAAGGAUCUGUGAGAACCAACUGUCAACAUGACAAUUAUUACUUAAACUCAACCUAUAAAGUUCUUGAGAAUCAGUUGAAUCAAAUAUAUUUUUUUGUAUUUCUGACCUAUUAGUCUUAUUUUUCAUGUCAUGAAUAGAGCUGUAAAAAAUUGGAAAAACAUCUGCCCAGGCAUCCCUCAACCCACGUAGAAGAUAAUCAGGUACCCAGCCACGCAAACAAGUUUUAAUGAAAUAUAGGGAGAUACUAAACUAAUACUAUGAUUCAUAUAUAAUAUAUCUUCAACUAUUAGAUCAUCACCAUUACUUUAUACAUUGAUUUCAAUAAAUUCUACAGUGAUCUGUGUGAUUGUUUCAUAAUUAAUCUAAACUUGCUGGUCUAAUAAACUUAGCAUUUUGUGGCGUUUACUAUGAGUUUGGAAAGACAAGCUGAACUUUGAGCGCUCUUAACUUUUUAAUGAAAGAAGAUAUGGAAACAUGCAAAUUUACUAUAAAAGGGCAUAAUUCGGCAAAAGCAGCAGUAAAUUUUAGCAGAUGAAUUUAUGGUAGUUUACUUGCAAGAUGCUCAGAACGAGCAUCAUGUGUGAUUUGUCUGACACACCAACGCCUGGCAUAGUAGCCGCCAGCCGAUAGUGGCAAUGAGGUGACAGCAGGCGCUAAUGGUAGUAGCGGGCUAAAAUAACAAAAUAGUUAUUUAAAACUUUAUUGUUUGAAUGAUUUUAAAAAUAGUUAAGUAAAAUCUGGUACCUGAGCUUUGUCCAAGCAUUUAUCCUCUAGUGGGGACUCGAGUACUUGUUGACAGCCCUAGUUAUAAAAUAAUUAUAAUUUAUUUUUCUCUAAAAAAAUGAGAUUUUGAUUUUAUGUUUGCUAUAAAUGUGCUUUCUUAAUUUCAGAUUGUAUACUUCUGCUGUAAACUUUAAAUAAUGAGUCUUAAUUUGAAAGUAGCCCAGGGAAUUCUGAAGCCAGAAAUAUUUCAUUCUUACAUACGAGCAUGUCAGCAAAUGUUAUCAAUUAAUCAGUCGAGCAGAAGGAGACUUUACUCACAAAUUCCUAGCAGCCAAUCCGAUGUUAGUGAAGAAAGUGAGGAUUUCUUUGGCAUACCAAAGAACUACAAAUUGCAACAUAUCCGAAAGAAUGAAAUAUUGUCUUCAACUCUAAAAAUUAAAGCUGAAGGUGAACAUUCAACAGAUUCAACUGUGAAUAAAGUUGAUGACCAGGAUGCUACAAAUGAAAAAACAAAUGUGGAUUCACAGAUGAAACCUCUGUCUAGAAAGGCAAGGAGACGCUUACAAAAAAACAUACAGGGAUCAGAAGUUGCAACUACAUUUGGAAUAAUGGCAUUUGAUAAACAAGCUGGCGACAAAUUACCUUUAAAUGCUGAAGAUCUAACUCGGAGGGCAAAAGAUGUGCUUCAGAGCACGUACUUGCUCCCUUCACAUUCUUCUCUCAGAUUAAGCAAGAAGAAUACUCCACAUGAGCAGGAAGUGAGCAAUCGUCCACCGUCACAAUUUCAAUCUAAGAAGGAUGUUAAACUAAAGCGGUCUCAGUCACCAUCAAGUACUCUCAGUGAGGAUUUAAAUGCCUUUGAUGAGAACUUUUCCCCUGGAGGUGCUGAGAACUUUUUCCCUGGAGGUAGUGUGAAAGAAACAUUUAUCUCAUCGAUCAGCACCAAUAUAACUUUAAAUAAGCCUGCGCACAACCUUUUUGAAGAACAGUAUUUUGGAACAGAGACUACCGACAUCCCUACGAGGGCUGAAAAAAUAACUGCAGCUCCAACUCCAAACAGGGGAGAAUCUUUGACAUGUUUGAAUGAUUCCCAUAAUGUUAGUCUUACAAAUUUGAAGUCAUCCAAUCCUAACGAAGCCAGUUCAUCAUCACAUAAUCUGUUUGAGGAGCAAUACUUCGGAGCGAACAUCGGGCCUGCGGAGGUUUCAUCAGUUGAAGCUCCAAAAUUCAGAUCUGAAGCUGAUAAUAGUAAUCAAAACAGCAAGCCUGAAGAUGGAGGUGAUUUCAUAAUGGACUCUGGUUUUAAUGAAGUAGAUAAGCAAUAUUUUAUAGGAAGAUCAGAAAAUGGUAAUUCACUUCAGUCACCUUCAUUACAUGAAGUUAUCAAAGUUUAUGCAGGUAGCACAGAUAAAGUGAUACCAAUGUCUAAUCCCAAAAUUGUUAGUUCAAAAGGUACAAGCACUAAAAUCGCAGAAACAAAAUCUUAUUCAGAAGAAAUUGAAAGGAUACCGAAUCUUCAUGAAAAGGCUCCAGCACUUGCUGAAUCAGUUGAAGGAGGGCUUUCAAACACAGAACCCACCAUCAAAUCAAUAGAAGUGCACAGGAGUGAUGAUUUUGUGAAAAAGUGGAGAGGGAAGAGAAGAACCGUGCCGGCAGCCCAGCAGGAGGAAAAAGAAACCCAGCUGGCUUAUGAUGUGGCUAUGAAAAUAAGAGAAGCUCUCAAGGGCAAUGUUAAAGACUCUAAGGAAAAGGAAGGUGUUGCACAAUUUUUGGCUGCAGCAGCAUCAGCAACGACAGAAUCAGAAAGUGAGUUUUUUUGUUAUUUUUUACACUUUGUUGUUAAUCAGGAGCUUUUGUCUAUUAUGUAAGAUUUAUAAGUUAUAGUGAUAUCAAAGUAUUUAAGUCAGCCAGAGGAAGAUUUAUGAACAAUAUAAUCCUUAGCAGUUUAAAGAUCACAUCAGCUUUUGUGUGACUUGUACAGUUUGAUCAAAUUAACUGGCACGCUCAUCUAAAGUCUGAGCGUCACAUUCGUUUACCCUUGCUCAACGUUGACCAGAUAUCAGCCCUCCAAGAUUUUUGUUGAGUUUAAAGCAGCAACAGGAAUCCAUUUUAUACUAGCAUCACCCUUGAAUGAGAAUAAUGUAUUAAAUUUAAAGGAUUUAAAAAAAAGAUUUUUUUUUUAAUAUCUUUUUUUUUUUUACAGUAAAAGAUGAUCAAGACAAGAAAUACUAUGGCCAGGGGAAAAAAUUAGAUAGUAAAGGAUUUAGGAUAUUAGAUCCUGUGGUAUUUGACUUGGAAAAGAUGCCAUCAGCUGACAUUAUCAGAAUGUUGAAAGGGAGAAUAUUAUUUGACCAUGGUAGGUUAACUAUUUACAUUACUUAAGAGAUACUAUAGUUUUUUUUAAAGCCACAUAUGAGUCUCAAUGUUCAUUUGAAUGGAGCAGCAACUGCAUAUUUUUUAAUAAUGUUUUUGCUUAUUACCCUUUUAAAAAUGAUCAAAUCUCAUCUUACGUUUUUAAAAUUCUUACUAUUAAAUAAUUUUCUCUGAGAAGUUUACCAUGCUAUUUUUGGUUAUUUCAUGAGGUUCAUUCACCUUUUGCACAUUGAGCUAAAUUUAAUCCAAUAUAACUGCAAUAUAAUAUUUAAUUUAAAAGUUUUCAAUUUGUCUCCUUUUAUAGAGCUAAAUUUAAUCAAAUAUAACUGCAAUAUAAUAUUUAAUUUAAAAGUUUUCAAUUUGUCUCCUUUUCUAGAGGAUUUCUUAGCCAUUGACAAACCUUAUGGACUUCCAUCUAUCAGUGAGUUAACAAUAUCUGUCUGAAAGUUAAUACAUUUUUCAUUACAUAAUUAUUUGAAUAAUUUCAUGGUUUUCAUUACCAAUGAAAUAAAUUCACAUUGAAACUGUGCCAAAUAUAGAUAAACAAUUAGGCUUUUUUUUUUUGACAUGGUGAUUCCAAAUAAAAACAAGGAGGCUUCUUUUACAGGCCCAUGUCCAGUUGCUAUGUAAUUGGUUAUUUGAUCAUGUGGCAUUCAUAUAACUUUAUCUCCAUGGUUACAUUUCAAAAGUUAAUACAUUUUUCAUUACAUAAUUAUUUGAAUAAUUUCAUGGUUUUCAUUACCAAUGAAAUAAAUUCACAUUGAAACUGUGCCAAAUAUAGAUAAACAAUUAGGCUUUUUUUUUUUUUUGACAUGGUGAUUCCAAAUAAAAACAAGGAGGCUUCUUUUACAGGCCCAUGUCCAGUUGCUAUGUAAUUGGUUAUUUGAUCAUGUGGCAUUCAGAUAACUUUAGCUCCAUGGUUACAUUUCAGGUCAGCGCAAUGACAGAGUCAGUGUUUGUGAACUGUUGCCUUCUUUUGCUGAAACUUUGCCAAAAAGUUUUAAAGUUAGCAGCUUGCACCUUGUUCAGGGACUGGACCGUGACGUCACCGGUGCUGUCAUUCUGGCCAAGUGAGUUCAUAGCGAGUUUUGAUUCCUUAGAGCGUAGAGACUCUUUCAGAUGUUGGGGUUCAACAUGAUUUCAACCGUUCCCCUACCUCUAGUGUGGUUUAUUUGGAUGGCAACGAUGUAGAAUUACUGAUCUGAAGAACCCAUUCACCGUUUCAUGCAAACACUUUUUUCAGUUGUAUAAUUGAGUAGUUCUUCAACACUUUUCAUCUUAGGGGAUCACUAGAGCUAAUUAUCAUUAACAUUCCACAACACAUAUUUCAAGUUUAGAAAAAAAAUAUAGGCUGUUUGGGUGUCAAGCAGUAUCAAAGCAAAUUAUAAUCACUAAAGCUUAAAGAUUUAAUGUUGAGUUCCUCCAAUAACCUUUUUUUUUUUUAAAAAAGCAUUUUCGCUUAUAUAAGACGCAUCUUGUACAAGGUUUGUUUACAUCCGUCGGGUGAUGAAACUUUGGACAAAUUUUCAUUUAUUAUAAAGGAAAGGAAAUCCCUGGAUAUAAAUUGCUCAGUGUGGCAGAUGGCUUGGCCAUGUUCAUCUAAUGAAAUUUUUGUUUUCACAAAUUUUCAAAGCCAGUGUCUAAUAUAGUGAUGCGUCUUAUGUAAAAUAUUUUUUACACAAAUCAUUAAAAACCCAGGUCUUAUAUGCGUGAAAAUACAUAACUUCAAUUUUUAUUAUUUUAUAUCAAAAUAUUGCAACACACGCAUUAGUUGAAAACAGCUGGUUGUUAUUUUUUGUUGCUCUUGAUUUAAAGAAAUCCUGAGGUGGCUGCUUUGCUAAGGGGGAUGUACAACGACAGUGAACAAAUAAUACAGAGGUUCUGGGCUAUUACUAAAGGCGUACCAAGUCUACCAACUGGACUUAUAGACAUCCCUGUCGGUGAAGGCAAGGUUGGGGAUAUUUAUAAGGUAAAUGAAUGUAGAAGACAUUUAAAUUAAAUAACUGCUCUUUUUGGUGCUGCAGUAAGUACCUCUCAUCAAGCUGUGAACAGAACAGCGUAGCAUAAGUUAAUUAUUUGUCGUGGCGAUAAUUUUGUUAUGCUAUUGUUAAAAAAUUUGAUUAGAAAAUGUACUUUCUGUGAACAGUUUUGCAGUAUUUAUACUGAAAUUUUAUUGCCAAUAUUAAUCUCAUGGAUCAAUUGUUUAAUUUAACGUUUAAAUAUGAUAAUAUAAGAUAUAUAGGUUCAAAUUUCAUGCAAUGCUAAUCUUAUGUUUAAUCUGGAUAUUUGAAUUGACAUUGAUAUUUAAUGCAACAGUUUAUACAUUUCUACAAUACAUGUAUCAUCAGGAAUUAUGGAGCCUUAAAAAUUAGAGAAAAGGUUUGAGAAAUCAUAGAAAAAUGUGUUAUAAUUUCAGCAGCCUUUAAUAAUAACCCUUAACUUAAUAGUUUUAUAUUAUUAUAUCCCCCAAAAAAUCAUGAAAUAUCAAAGAUAAUUAUUAGUCUUGUUUCCAGCUGCCCUAACAACUUUCAAGGAUGUCAUUGUUAGUGAUUUUCAAUGUCUUCUGUAAAAGUGCCUGGUGCCAUGAAUAAUUGAAUUCACCAUGGCAGUCAUUACGUUGGAUAUAUAACAGUUUACUAUGAAUUAAUUUGUAUCUCUUCCAGAUGAUGUUGCGGCCAAGAUAUUCAAAAGAGCAGAAGAUUUUGGCCCAUACAAGCAAGGCUCCCAGUAAAAAAGCCGUCACAGAGUAUAAAAUCUUGAGCCAAAACCUCCAAGCAGCUCUCCUUGAGUGCACACUUCAUACAAGUAAGGAACUAUUACAUUUAAACAAAAUUUCUGUAACUCUUCAACCGAUAAAAAAAGUUAGCUAUAUUUUCCAAACCUUUUUAAAAAGAAAUAUGUUAAUAUAAUUGGUGAAGCUAUUUUUAAAAAUUAUUCUCUCUCUCUCUCUCUCUCUCUUUAUGUAUGUAUAUAUAUACACACACACACACACACUAUACUACUUUACAUCAAUUUAAAUAUUGAAAAAGAAAUGAAAAAGAUACAUAUCUGAUUAAAGUUAAAUGUUAGUUGAGAUAUUUACAUAUAGCCUAUACUGGAAAGCUGCACAGCUCAUCGUUGAGUUAUGUUAUAAUAUUGUUAUUGUCAUCAUACCCUUAGACCUUUAGGUUUGUAGCCAUGUGUCACAUAUAUUUUAAAUAUGUUAUGGGGAAGAUUGUUCACUGCACACUCAAAACACCAAAUGUUAACAGUCGCUAAAAGAAAAAUUACCAAUGCACUUUGUGUGCAUUAGACAAAACCUAUGACCACUGAGUGGACUUUAAGUUUGGUGUGAAACAAAAGUCAAAAGUUUUUGCAAGAGCUGAGGAGCAUUAGGAUAUUUGGCAGUGGAUAAAGCUAAUUGUGUCCCCCAAAAAAUAGAUAAUAAUGUAGAUGCUGGCAGCACUAAGAAACUACUAGCAUUGGGCAAGAAUUUUCUCAAAGAAAUGGAUUUAUCUACAAAUUGUAUCUCUUUUUUUCCCCAUUGUUCAAAUUUUAAUCAUUUCAUUUUCAACCCUCAAAUAUUAUUGUAAUGUUUAUGUAGAAAAAAAGUAUGCCUUUUUUGCAGAUAACAUCAAACAUCAGAUCAGACUUCACUUAGCCAGUGGACUCAACACACCAAUACUUGGAGAUCACAAAUACUCUCACUUUGAUACACUUGCUCCACAGGUAAGAAGGGACAGAUCCUUGUUGAUACCUACAUGCAAUCAAUAUAUUAUAUUUGUACCUGUUUAGUUGACAAUAUUUAGAUAUUAAAAUUGGCUAGUAUUUAAUUUUUAAAACCAAUAUGAAAUUGUCUUAUUUGCAAACCUUUAAUUGAUAUGGAAUCUAUUAAGAGGCUUUUUGUUCACUUGCAAUUAUUUUGGUAUCAUGUUUAUUAAGCAGUUUUCACUUUGAUUUUUAUAAGCUUACUGUUCUCUUUAUUUAUUUAUUUAUUGCAGAUGUAAGAGAGUUUAUAUAACUUGCAAAAACACAUAUGUUAUCUUCCAUAAAUUAACGAUAACGUGGAGACAUAUAUUGGCAGAGAGAGUGCAUAACAAAAUGAAAAUGUUUCUAUUUUUUCCAGAGGUUACAUAAAGAAAUGUUGGAAAGGUUAAAAAUUCGUCAAGCAAAAGUGCGUCACCUGGCUCUACAUCUGUACUGCAAAUCUGUUGUUUUAACCAACUACAAAGGACGCAUGAUUUUCCUGACGACUCGGCCUCCUGAACACUUUAAAAAUAGCUUAAAUGCAUUGAAGCUAUACGUUCAAAAAUGAUACUUUUAAUUAACGAAUAAUGAAGAGUGGAUAAUGACAAAUCAACAUGUGAACAUAAAAAAUAUGUGAUUUAAACAUUUAACUAGAUCCUCUCAUUAUUAGUAAUCUCUGUUAUUGUUAUCUGGAAAUCUAACCAUAAUGGAGUAAAUUAAUAAAUAGAUUUAUUUUCAAAGUCUCUGAAUUCUUUGACUUAGGUUAUUUUUUUAAUAAUAUUUAUUAAAGAUUGUCUUCCCUUUUAGCUAUUUUAAAACCCCCAACUAGACAUGUUAAAGUUUUGACUAUAAGUAAGAAAAAGUUUGGACAAAAUUACAAGUUUUUAUUCAUGGAUUAAAUGUUCAUGGAUUAAACUUGAAAAUUAAAUAACCUUGUUGAUCUGGAAUGUGUCAAAAAUAUUUUUCUGUUAUUAAGGUAUCCCAUUUUUUUUUUUUAAAAUGCAUAAUCCACAACCCUGGUAAUUUUAUGUCUUCCCCUUGUUAAAACCAUAGUAAGGGCUCAAGGCAAAAAAACAUUGAUGUCAGGUUUGCACAGUUUGGAGAAAAAUUAAAAAUAAAGUUUGAAGACUCUUCAGGCAAAUAUAAAAAUGUCACAAUAUUGGUCAACAGCAAGAAUAGCCAUAUCUAAUUAAUAUUUAACACCAGAGUAGUGAAUUUGUUUUUAAGAAUUGUAGAAUUAAAAUAAAAAAUAAAUUUUAAACAAUGA